CUUAUUUUGUUUCUUUUAUAAUAUUGUAAGCUUCCGGCGUGGAUUGUUCAAUUUUUUCUUCAUUUUUAUUUUUUCUUAUAUUUUAAUCGUAUUUGUGCGUUUUUAAUUAAAGAAAAUGUUUAACGGAGAUGCUUCAACAAGAACUUUGUAUGUAGGAAAUCUGGACCCCAUGGUCAGCGAAGAUUUACUUAUGACGUUAUUUGGAACGUUAGGUCAAUGCAAAGGAUGUAAACUAAUUAGAGAAGCUGGCUCGGAGUUGUAUGCAUUCAUUGAGUUCAACACCCAUACAGAAGCUCAGAUGGCACUUAUGGCAAUGAACAAAAGAAAUGUUCUUGGCAAGGAAUUGAAAGUCAAUUGGGCAACUCAACCAGGUGGUCAGAUUAAACAAGACACUAGCAAGCAUUUUCAUAUUUUUGUUGGUGACCUCACUCCUGACAUCGAAGCCCCACAGCUUAAAGAGGCUUUUGCUCCAUUCGGUGAAAUAUCGGAUGCCAAAAUUAUUACUGAUCCACAAACUGGCAGGUCUAAAGGAUUUGGCUUUGUCUGUUUUGUCAGAAAAGAGGAUGCGGAGAUGGCAAUAACAGGCAUGAAUGGAACGUGGCUGGGCGGUAGAACCAUCCGGACCAACUGGGCAACAGGCAAGGGAGUCAUGAGCACCAGCAUGAGACCACAACAAAGUCAUUACAAAGAAUUGAAUUAUAAUGAGGUGCAAAAUCAGUCAGGACCCAACAAUACUACUGUCUACUGUGGGGGUAUUACUUCUGAAACCACAGAUUCAAUGAUGAAAGAAGCGUUUCAAUCCUAUGGUGAGAUAGUUGAAGUGAGAGUGUUCAAAGAGAAAGGAUAUGCAUUUGUGAGAUAUUCCACAAAGGAUGCAGCAGUUCGAGCCAUAUGUGGUGUUCAUGGCACUGACAUAAACGGUAGCAUUGUCAAGUGCUCUUGGGGUAAGGAACAGGCAGAGUUGCAACAACAAAUUGCAAACAGUCAGCAGAUGAAAAGUGCAUCUCUUGCUGCUGCAACAUCUCAAGCUGGGGGCUUCUAUCCUCCCCCACCUGUCCCAGGCGCAUAUUGGGGGUACCCGGGUUAUCCUACAACUCAAAAUGCCUUCAUGUCACCAUUUGGAAUGCAGGGCUACGGAGGAUUUCCACAGGCUUCAUCGACGUGGUCUUCGCAGCCUAGCCAGCAGUAUGCUCCUGGAACUAAUGGGACACAGCAGCCCUCCCAGCAGCAGCAGCAACCACAAGGCAAUCCUGGUCAGCAACAACAACAAUCAUCUUUUUCGUCUGGCAUGAGCAACUUGGGAGGCUUAGGUGCCAAUGCUUUUGGUCAGACAAGCCAGAUGAAUGGUCAGUUAUACAGUGGUAAACUGUAACUGGACUAUUUGCAUCAUAGCUGAACUAUUCAAUAGUUUAGUGUGUGUUUCUAAUAUAAAUAUAUUAUAUUCAGUUUCGGUUUUUCUUGAAGACAUUGAUAGUAAAUGGUUUUAUUAUUAUUAUUUUAAUUUAUUACUUUUUUAUGGUUUUUUUAUUAGUAGUAUUUAUUAUUAUUAUUGUUGUUGUUAUUUUCUUUUUAAACAUUAUAUAUUCACCUUUUCAGUAAUAUCUAUUUUUAAAAUUAUUUUAUCGUGGUUUGUCGUUUAAUUUAUGUUAGUAUGUAAAAUUUGAAUAAGCAUCAAGUUAGAUAAUAUUAUAUUUUAUGAAGCCAGCAAAUUUAUUAGUUGAACUGAUGAAUUUAUAUUGAUUUUUUUUCAAUUUUUAAAGACAACUGAAGACAAUAUAAUUAUAAUAAUAAUAUCACUUUGAAAUGUUAUUGGUAUUAAAGAUUCAUUCAUUUGUUCGUCCUCCUGUCUGCCUGUUUUGUUUGUUCUAAAUGCGUCUUAAAUACUUAACGUUACAUUUUGUAUGUAAAUAAUGUAUUUAUAUAUCUCUAUGGGUUUUAUUAUUCAAUUUAAAUAGGUAUAUUUUUAUGUCUUGUAAAGAAAUGGAAGUACUGGAAAACAUUUUUAGUGUUUUUUUUUUCAAUAUAUUCCUUUAAAUGAUUUUUUCUUUGCCUAAUGAGUGGGUGUUUGUGUGUUUGUUUAUUCUUGCAUGUAUAUUAGCCUAUUAGUGUGUCAGUUGUGAACCACAUGUAUCCCGAUAAAUAAUUUAUAAAAC